CAUCGUACCAGCACAUUUGACCGUUCCCGCGGCGCAUACAAGAUCACACUCACGACAUUCACGAUACUCGCGACAUCCGCGACUCUUACGCCAGCAUUCCCGCCCCUCACCCCUUGUGACAUCCCGAACAUUCCUGUCACAUAUUCCGUUGCGCCACCGCCUGACGUCCGGCGCGCAGGUCCGUCCGUCCAUCCGCGACCACAAGCUACAAGUCGCCGUCCGAUCCGGGACACUGCUAGCCAUCUCGGCACACACGAGAGUUCUUAAACUCACUCGCUGGGAACCACGGUAUCUCGUCAUAACACCUCACCAGGAUAAUGGCAACGACGCUACCCACCCCCGCGCGCCGCCUACGGCUCGCUAUCACAACGACACAAGCACUGAAGCGCUGGAAGCGCGUCGCCGGCGUCGGCGAAGCGUCCUCUCCAACGCCCAGUCCCGCGUCGGCCGCUACCCCGUACUCAUCUCGCCCCGGCAGCCCCUGGCGCGACGCCGUCGACACAGUGCUCACCAAAGCCGGCGUCAAGUCCGCUCCGCCUGCGCGCUCCCCCCCGCCGCGCCCGAUCCUCCUGCGCUCCGGCAGCGAGCGGCACCGCGCCACCGUGGUGUGGGAGGACGGUGUCGUAGCCCGUCCGCACAGCGUCGCGGACUUUGCGCCGUCGCAUCUCGACUUGUCACCGUCUCCUCCGGCUUCCGCUCCGGCGUCCGUUUCCGCGCAUCCCCAUCCCCAGGCCCAGCCCACACCUCCUUUGAGCCCUCUGAGCCCUCUGAGCCCUCUGAGCCAAUCGAGCCCGUCCAGCCCACGACCGCGCCAGGACGUCUGGCUGUGCCGCAAGCCAAACCCGUCUGAACGCACGAAGGGCACCGCCAUCCGGACGUGCGUCGUCAUCGAACGCCGCGUCAACGACGGCCAAGUCGUCUCCAUGGCGGAACACCGCGAGCCGUGGGCCCAGUCGCCGCUCACUUCGCCGCUCACGUCGCCUACCGUUUCGCGGCGCGGGUCGCACGACCUCGGGUCCGCCGUGAUGGUCAUCGAGGCGCGGAGGGCCAUGUUGUGAGAGGCUAGCGUGAUGGUAGCGGUGCAUGAGUUUGGCAGUAUAAUAUGAUGAUAGUGUGGGACUUGGAUGGACACAUCGAAGAAA